AUGGCGAUGCGCAACCCCCAACUCCGAAGUCUCCCAUCCCGGCUCUUCCAGACCAUCACCAUCUCCAGACAAUGCCUUCGACCAUUGUCCCACAAGGCGGCACCCUCAGUGCCGUCCCCGACCCCCUUCGUCCCAGACGUCCAGACCUUCCUCACGCUGAUCGGCCGUGAAAUGUCCAAGCACGCGAGCAAGAUCUCUUCCUGGGAGCAACUGUUCUCCUCCAACUCCGACCAGCUCCGCGAACUGGGCAUUGAGCCCGCCCGGCAGCGCCGAUAUCUCAUGCGGAAGCGAGAGAAGUUCCGCAACGGAGUCUACGGACCCGGAGGUGACCUGGAGCAGGUCGUGGACGGGGUGGCCCAAUUGCGCGUGGUGGAGGUGCCCCGUGAGUCCGACAGCGCAGCAGCCGGCGCUAGCUCUGCGACAUUGACACCGGGCAUGAAGAAGGCAAUUGUGAAUCUGGCACCGGAUGCCACGGAAUACAAGCACAGCGCGUCGGCGGUGCUGAAGAAGUUUGCGCACAUGAAGAUCCACCGGGGCUCGAAGAUUAUGGGUCCCUUCCUACAGCCGAUCAAGGGCUCUCAUGGCUCUGCGGCGACGAUCUCGGUUCAGGAGGGCAUGUGGGAGGAUAAGCGGGGACAGAAGGUUGAUGGUGGUGAGCGACGACGGGUUGAGGUGCGGGCGAAGAAGAGACUCGAGGAGAGGAGGAAAGCGUAA